UCUCCAGAGGUGGAGCUGUCAUUUCAUGAACAGAACGUGUGUGUUUGUGUUUGCGUAUGUAUAUGUGUUAUCCAUGUAUAUACAUGUGGGAGGUGGAGGGAAGAGUCGAAGAGGAAGUGCCCUGGUAUUUAUAACAGAUUGGACACCAGUUUAAACCACCCACUGGGAACAUGUGCCUAUAGGAGUAUGCUUAGUUCCUGCCCAUUCAAAGAGUGCCGGGGCUGUUCUCUGCCCCUCCCUUCUAGCCUUUCUCUGCAUAUAACUCAGGGCUCCUUCUGUCAGCCUUGCCCACUGGACUCGCUGGUCCUGAGCACGCAGAGGUGAAGUCAGUCGCUGAGAAUGAGCACUUUCUUCUCCGAGCUGGCAGAGUGGUUCUGCCUGGCUGUCACUGCAGGGCUUGGGGGAAUGCUUCUUUGCAAACUCAAGAAUACCCCGGGGCAGGUGAGAAGGAGGGCCAUCUGCCUAAUGGGCCUCUGGGGAGGCUUUUGCCUGCUCAGCUUGUCCCUUUACUGGGGAUUGGCUGUCUUAUCCCUGUCCUGCUUUCUCACUUCUGUGUACUUAUCUGGCCAAGAGAUGUUACCCGUGGAUCAGAAGGCAGUCCUGAUCACAGGUUGUGAUUCCGGGAUUGGCCAUGCUUUGUCCAAGUAUAUGGACAAGCUGGGUUUCACGGUAUUGGCUGGAGUGUUGAAUGAAAAAGGAGCAGGAGCAGAGGAACUACAAAGAACCUGCUCCUCGCGGCUCUCCGUGAUCCAGCUGGAUGUUACCAACCCAGCCCAGAUAAGAGAGGCAUACCGCAAGGUGGUGGAGAAGGUACCGGACAGAGGACUGUGGGCCGUGAUCAACAACGCUGGGAUCUUUGGCUUCCCAGCAGAUGGGGAGCUCCUUCCCAUGGCUGACUACAGACAAUGCAUGGCAGUGAACUUCUUUGGAGUUGUGGAAGUCACAAAGACAUUUUUGCCUCUUCUUCGGAAAUCCAAGGGGAGGUUGGUGAACAUUAGCAGCAUGGCCGCAGGGGUCCCGAUGGGAAAACUGGCGGCCUAUGGCUCAUCGAAGGCAGCUCUGACCAUGUUUUCAGCAGUUUUGAGACUGGAGCUUUCCAGAUGGGGCGUUAAAGUUGCUGUUAUUCAACCUGGAGGCUUCAAAACAAAUCUCAUGGGCACUAAGGAGAUAUGGGACAAGAAGCAGAAGAACAUUCUGGACAACCUAACUCCUGAUGUGAAGGAGGACUACGGUCAGGACUAUAUUCUUUCCCUAUGGAAUUAUUUUGGCCCCAUGGAUGUGUAUUGCAGCAGUGACUACUCCCCUGUGCUCCUGGAUGUCCAGCAUGCAGUCUCCGUGAAGAGCCCCUGUGCUCUAUACACACCCGGAAAAGGGUCUUACGUGUGGCUCUGCAUUGCCUCCUUCUUGCCUGCUGGGAUGUUUGAUUACCUUGCAAAAGGGAUGUAUAGCCCUGGAAAAAAACGCACAGAGCCAUAAGCACUCCUGCCUGGGAGAACAAGGCCAUGCAGGCAGCAAUGGGCUUUAGAAGAGUGGGAAAUUGUUCAGUUUUAGAAUCAAAGUGAGACUCUGAGCUUCUGAUUAAAUUUGUUUUUCUCCUACUGUGCAUUCCCAGUGAACUUUGUUGGUUGGAUAGUACUUAGUGGUGAGAAGGGUGGAGAGUAGUAAUGACCACUGUCGAGAGCAUUAUUUGAGUACAUACUAUGCAAGAGAUACAUAUCAAAUAUCUUGUCGUCUAAUUCUCCUCAAAGACUUGAGAGAGGUACCUUUACCCCUAUUUAAUAAAAAAAAAAAUAGGUAAGAAAAUUAAAGAUCAGAGAGGUUAAAUUUCCAGUUCAUUGUCACAGCAAGUCUUAGGCUGGGUUCUCUACAGAAGCAAAACCAGUAAAGCAUGUAAAUAUAUACAUAGAAAGAAAUUUAUACCAAGGAAAUGGCUCACGCAGUUGUAGAGGCUGGGAGAUCCCAAGUCUGUGGGUCAGGAUAGAGGCUUCUCCUGAUGCAUGAAGCCAUGGAGGCUGAUGAACCCAAGACUGGUAGGUCAGAGAGCAGGGCUCUUGCUCACAGGCUGUGAAGAUCAAUGAAUCCCAAAGAUUGGCAGGCUAGACCACAGGUAAGCUGCCAGCUCAAGU